CUGUAGCUUGCCCCGACUUUUGCAAACGCAGCUGGCGUCCAUGCGCCUCUCGCGCCCUGCCAGACCCAUCCCUGUAUCUUCUGAGGCAGGCUGACAAGCUCGCUUUACCAUCACCCGCUCCCUCAUCACAGCUGGUCUGUGAGCCGCGGAACAGCAAGCGGAAAAGCGACGACCUCGAGAGAAGGCAAGAUGACCGCUGCAACCUCACCCCGAGAGAAAUCGGGAGCCAGCUUUCGCUCUUCGCUUUACAAUGAGCAGCUCAUCGUACAAUCGCUCGACCAGGGUGUCUGGGGCCGGGACCCAGGCGUAAAGAAUGAGCUUGGACAGCAGGUCGGAGAGCAGCUCGAGCCUACGCUCCACUUCCGUCACAUUACCAUGAUCAGUGUUGGAGGCGUCGUGGGCACUGGCUUGUUCUUGGGCUCUGCACAGUCGCUUCGCGAGGGCGGACCUUUGGGCCUAGUCCUCGGCACUGUCCUCGUGUCGACCAUCUGCUUCUCCGUCAUGCAGUGCCUUGGCGAGGUUGUCGCUUACCUCCCCCUGCCAGGUGGCUUGACGCAGCUUGCAGAGCGUUUCGUCAGCCCAGGGAUGGCUUUUGCCAUGGGUUGGCUGUUUUGGUUCAAGAGUACAAUCGUCCUGCCAGCCCAGCUAGCAGCCGCUGCGAUCCUAGUCGGGUUUUGGAACAGGCACCAUGAGAUGAAUCCGGCAAUCUAUGUCGCUAUAUUCAUCGUCAUCAUCUCCGUCGUCAACCUCCUCGGCGCCCGCGUUUACGGUGAGACAGAGUUUUGGCUCGCUUCCAUCAAAUGUGCCACCAUUGUGGGUCUGGCGAUUGUAAGCAUCUGCCUGGUCGCGGGUGCGGGCGUGGAAGAGCCCAUCGGCACACGUUAUUGGCGUCAUCCCUGGACGUUGUUCAACAAAUUCGCACCUGUCGACGAACCUCCAUACGAGGAGGUGCGUGGGCUCGCCGGACAUCUCUUCGGCUUCAUCGCAGUCAUCGGCAGGGCCAUCUUUUCGUUCCUUGGAGUCGAAAACUUUGGCACUCUUGCGGCCGAAACAAAGAAUCCUCGCAGGAUCUUGCCGCGCGCCGUCAUUUUUGUCUGGGUCACUGUCGUCGUGCUCUAUCUGAUGGGAGCUCUUGCAAUCGCGUUCGUGUGCCCCAGCGACCACCCUGACCUGAGCAUGCAGAGUGACAUGGCCAUCGAAAGUCCCUUUGUCAUUGCCAUUCGAAUUGCUGGCAUAAGGGUGCUGCCUUCUGUUAUCAACGCGGUCCUGCUCCUCAGCGCGAUCUCUGCAGGCAGCCAAGACCUCUACACCUCCUCUCGGGCGCUGUACGGUCUGGCAAUUGCGGGAAAGGCACCUCGAAUCUUUUGCACCACGACUGCAAGCGGACUGCCGCUGCCCGCCGUUGCAGUCGGCGUCGCUGUCUCGUUUCUCGCUUUUCUCUGCGUGAAAUCCGGGGCAAACCACAUCUUUGCUUGGACGAUUAACGCAGCGUCUGUAUCUGGUCUUAUGGUGUGGGGAUGCAUUGCCUUUCUCUAUCUCCGCUUCCGCAAAGGUUUUCAGGUGCAGGGCUACCGGCGCACCGUGCUCCCGUAUCGCUCCUGGUGCCAGCCAUUUGCGGCAUACUGGGUCAUUGGCUGGACGGUGACGAUUGUCCUCCUUCACGGUGCAUCGACGUUUCUCAAAGGGGGCUGGAGCACAGGCAAAUUUGUCUCGUCAUACAUCAGCCUGCCACUCUUCAUCGUCUUUCUGAUCAUGGGCAGAAUCCUGGCUCGAAGAGGCAUGGUACGGUCGGUCCACAUGGAUUUUGAGAGCUCAGUUAUGCGUCUGCGCGAGAUGGAGGUUCCUGAUAACGCUCCGAGGCCAAGCUUUCAUCGCCUAAGGCGAGCAACGACGACGACGACAACAACGACGACAACGACCCCUGCCUGCAGCGCACCGCUGGCCGCCACAUCUGUGUCUGCAACAGCCAGCUGAGUUCUCCUUGGCGCCAACAACGGUGUACAGGAAGUCUUCUUUAAAUGACAAGCGUGUGACCAAACAUCUGUCU